AUGGCCGAGGGCGGGGAGGCAGAGGACGAGAUCCAGUUUCUCAGGACCGAUGAUGAGGUGGUCCUGCAGUGCUCGGCCACUCUGCACAAAGAGCAGCAGAAGCUGUGCCUGGCGGCUGAGGGCUUCGGUAACAGACUGUGCUUCCUCGAGUCCAUCUCCAACUCCAAGAAUGUGCCUCCAGACCUGUCCAUUUGCACCUUUGUGCUGGAGCAGUCUCUGUCUGUGCGAGCGCUGCAGGAGAUGCUCGCCAACACAGAAGACAAGGCGGACGCGCAUGUAGAUGUGGAAGUGUGGACUGCACAGGGCGGGGGUCAUCGCACUCUGCUCUAUGGGCAUGCUGUACUGCUGCGACACUCCUACAGCUCCAUGUACCUGUGCUGUCUGUCCACAUCACGCUCAUCCACAGACAAGCUGGCCUUUGAUGUGGGGCUGCAGGAGGACACCACAGGGGAGGCCUGCUGGUGGACCAUCCAUCCAGCCUCAAAGCAGCGCUCUGAGGGAGAGAAGGUCAGAGUCGGGGACGACUUGAUCCUGGUCAGCAUCUCGUCUGAGAGAUACCUGCACCUGUCCUAUGGCACAGACAGUCUCCAUGUGGAUGCAGCCUUCCAGCAGACACUGUGGAGUGUGGCUCCCAUCUGCUCCGGCAGCGAGGUGGCUCAAGGCUAUCUGAUUGGAGGAGAUGUCAUGCGACUCCUUCAUGGCCACAUGGAUGAGUGUUUGACUGUCCCGUCCGGAGAACAUGGAAAUGAGCACAGACGGUCUGUACAUUAUGAGGGAGGAGCUGUGUCCAGUCAUGCCCGAUCUUUGUGGAGACUGGAGACCCUCCGAGUUAUGUGGAGUGGGAGCCAUAUCCGCUGGGGCCAGCCAUUCCGACUGCGUCAUGUGACCACAGGGAAGUACUUGAGUCUGAGCCACGACCGUGUUCUGCUGCUCAUGGACAAAGACAGGGCCGACAUCAAGUCUACUGCCUUCUGCUUUAGGUCCUCCAAGGAAAAGCUUGACCCUGGAGUGAGGAAGGAGGUGGAUGGGAUGGGCACUCCUGACAUUAAAUAUGGAGACUCAGUGUGUUACAUUCAGCAUGUUGAUACCUGUCUGUGGCUCACCUACCAGACUGUGGAUGCCAAGUGCGCACGCAUGGGAGGAGUACAGAGAAAGGCCAUUAUGCACCAUGAGGGCCACAUGGAUGAUGGGCUGACACUGUCUCGGUCUCAGCACGAGGAGAGCCGUGCUGCCAGGGUCAUCCGCAGCUCUGCUUUCCUCUUCAAUCUCUUUAUCCGGGAUCUGGACACUCUGAGGAGAAAAGGGAAGAGUUCUACCUCAGAGCUGCCGAUAGACUCGGUCAGCCUCAGUCUGCAGGACCUGAUUGGAUACUUCCAGCCCCCCGAUGAGCAGCUUGAACAUGAAGUCAAGCAGAAUCGUCUGAGAGCUCUCAAGAACCGACAGAACCUCUUCCAGGAGGAGGGAAUGAUCAGCCUGGUGCUAGAGUGCAUAGACCACCUUCAUGUCUACAGCAGUGCGGCACAUUUUGCUGAAGCUGUUGGGCAAGCGGCUGGAGAGGCCUGGAGCUCCAUUCUCAACUCCCUCUACGAGCUGCUGGCUGCUCUGAUCAGGGGGAACAGAAAGAACUGUGCCCAAUUCUCCAGCUCACUGGACUGGCUCAUCAGCAGACUUGAGAGACUGGAGGCUUCAUCUGGAAUACUGGAAGUGCUUCACUGUGUGUUGGUGGAGAGUCCUGAGGCUCUGAAUAUUAUCAAAGAGGGACAUAUCAAAUCCAUCAUAUCACUGCUGGAUAAGCAUGGGCGUAACCAUAAGGUCCUGGAUGUGCUGUGCUCCCUGUGUGUGUGUAAUGGUGUGGCAGUGCGCUCGAACCAGCACCUCAUCUGUGACAACCUGCUCCCAGGACGAGACCUCUUACUGCAAACCAGGCUCACCAAUCACGUCAGCAGCAUACGUCCCAACAUCUUCCUGGGGGUCAGUGAGGGUUCAGCUCAGUAUAAGAAAUGGUACUAUGAGCUGAUUGUGGACCAGGCCACAGCUUUCAUCACUGCUGAGGCCACUCACCUGAGGGUGGGUUGGGCCAACACCAGUGGGUAUGGCCCCUGCCCCAGUGGAGGAGAGGGCUGGGGGGCUAACGGGGUGGGAGAUGACCUAUACUCCUAUGGAUUUGAUGGGCUCCACCUCUGGUCAGGUUGUGUUGCUCGAACAGUGAGCUCCCCAAACCAGCACCUGCUAAAGGCUGAGGACGUGGUGAGCUGCUGCCUCGAUCUGAGCGUGCCCAGUAUCUCCUUCAGGAUCAAUGGGCAACCAGUCCAAGGCAUGUUUGAGAACUUCAAUGCGGAUGGCCUUUUUUUCCCUGUGGCGAGCUUCUCUGCUGGAGUCAAGAUUCGAUUCCUCCUGGGGGGUCGUCAUGGAGAGUUUAAGUUCCUUCCUCCUCCUGGAUAUGCUCCAUGUUAUGAGGCUGUUUUGCCACGAGAAAAGCUAAAGCUAGAAGCCAGUGCCGACCAAACAGCUGCACAAGACCUGGUGGGACCUACAGUUACAUUAAGCCAAGCAGCCUUCACUCCCAUCCCUGUAGAUACCAGCCAGAUAGUACUUCCACCUCAUCUGGAGAGGAUCCGUGAAAAACUGGCAGAAAACAUCCAUGAGCUGUGGGUUAUGAACAAGAUCGAACUAGGAUGGACCUUCGGAGCAGUACGAGAUGACAACAAGCGGCAACAUCCUUGUUUGGUGGAGUUCUCCAAGCUCCCAGAGCAAGAGCGCAGCUACAACCUCCAGAUGUCUCUAGAGACUCUGAAGACUCUCCUGGCUUUGGGGUGCCAUGUUGGCCUGGCUGAUGAACACGCUGUGGAAAAGUUCCGGAGUAUGAAACUAUCUUCAACUUAUGAGCUAUCCAGUGGGUACAAGCCAGCUCCUCUAGACCUCAGCCACAUCAAACUGACCUCCACACAGGAAGCCAUGGUAGACAAACUGGCCGAGAAUGCUCACAACGUCUGGGCCAGAGACCGCAUCCGCCAGGGCUGGACUUACGGCAUCCAGCAGGAUGUGAAGAAUCGUAGAAACCCUCGCCUGGUCCCAUAUGUACUGCUGGAUGAAAGAACCAAGAAAUCAAACAAAGACAGUCUUCGAGAAGCUGUGCGCACUCUGCUGGGCUAUGGCUACAACCUGGAGGCUCAGGACCAGGACCACACCCAGUCUGACCUCAGCAGCAUGUCAGCUGAGAGGUUCCGCAUCUUUAGAGCAGAGAAAACCUACUGUGUGAAUGCUGGGAAGUGGUACUUUGAGCUGGAGGUGCUCACUGCUGGACAGAUGAGAGUGGGCUGGGCCAGACCAGGUUGCCUCCCAGACCAAGAACUGGGCUCUGACGACCAGGCUUUUGUCUUUGAUGGGUUCAAGGUUCAGCGCUGGCACCAGGGUAACGAGCACUUUGGGCGAGCCUGGCAGACUGGAGAUGUCGUAGGCUGUAUGGUAGAUCUCAAUGAGCACACCAUGAUGUUCACUCUCAAUGGAGAAGUCAUGCUAGACGACUCUGGCUCAGAGCUGGCCUUCAAGGACUUUGAAGUUGGAGAUGGCUUUAUCCCUGUGUGUAGUCUGGGGGUCUGCCAAGUGGGCCAGAUGAACUUUGGUAAAGACGUGAGCUCGCUGAAGUACUUCACCAUCUGUGGGCUGCAGGAAGGUUAUGAGCCCUUUGCUGUCAACAUGAACCGUGACGUCACCAUGUGGCUGAGCAAGAGGUUGCCCCAAUUUGUCCCUGUGCCACCCCACCACCAGCACAUUGAGGUGACGCGGAUUAAUGGCAGUGUAGAGUCUUGUCCCUGUCUGAAGGUCACCCAGAAGUCCUUUGGGUCCCAGAACAACAACCCUGACAUCAUGUUUUACAGGUUGAGCAUGCCCGUAGAGUGUGCCGAGUCUUUCUCAAGAACCAACAGCAGCUUUUUUUCACCAAAAAGGGAACUAGAGGACUUUGAAACUGUGUCAGAUUUUGAGGUUUUGAUGAAGACAUCACAUAGCUACAGUGGUCCCAAUGGUCCUGAGAGAGACGAGUUCAACAACCACAAAGAUUACACCCAAGAGAAACCUUCCAAGCUCAAGCAGAGAUUCAUGCUGAAGAGAAAUAAACCGGACAACAGUUGUCCUGCAGUGACUCCUCUGCCUGAAGAAGAGAUGGUUGAUGACAGAGAAGACAAGGAAGAGUAUGAGAUACACGCCUCUACUUACUACUACUCGGUACGGAUCUUUCCGGGACAAGAGCCCAGCAGUGUAUGGGUGGGCUGGGUCACCUCAGACUUCCAUCAGUACGAUCCCGGCUUUGAGCUGCAGAAGGUGCGCACAGUGACUGUAACCCUGGGUGAUGAGAAGGGCAAAGUGCACGAGAGUAUAAAGCGCAGUAACUGCUACAUGGUGUGGGCUGGAGAAAGCAGCAGUCCAGGUCAGGGCAGGAACAACAAUGGAUUAGAGAUCGGCUGUUUGCUAGACACAGCCUCAGGCCUGUUGAGCUUCACUGCCAACGGCAAAGAGCUCGGCACUUUCUAUCAGGUUGAGCCCAGCACCAAGCUGUUCCCUGCUGUGUUUGCCAAGGCCACAAGUCCCAAUGUUUUCCAGUUUGAGUUGGGUUGCAUCAAGAAUAUCAUGCCUCUGUCUGCGGCUCUGUUCCGAAAUGAGCGGAAGAACCCCUCUCCUCAGUGCCCCCCGCGCCUCCAUGUCCAAUUCCUCACUCCAGUUUUAUGGAGCCGAGUACCCAACCACUUUCUAAAGGUGGGUGUAUCCCGGGUCAAUGACAGACAUGGCUGGCUGGUGCAGUGCUCCGAGGCUCUGCAGUUCAUGUCUCUGCACAUCCCAGAGGAAAACAGGUCGGUGGACAUCCUAGAGCUGUCAGAGCGAAAGGAGCUGCUACGAUUCCACUACCACACACUCAGACUCUACUCUGCCAUCUGUGCCCUGGGCAACCGUCGUGUGGCCCACGCCCUGUGCUCCCACGUGGAUGAGGCCCAGCUGCUGCAGGCCAUUCAGGACAAGUACAUGCCCGGGCUAUUGCGAGCUGGUUACUAUGAGCUCCUCAUUGACAUCCACCUGAGCAGCUAUGCCACGGCACGCCUCAUGAUGAACAAUGAGUACAUUGUCCCCAUGACAGAGGCGACCAAGAGCAUCACUCUGUUUCCUGAAGACACCAAUGAACAAGGGCUUCCUGGGAUCGGCCUGAGCACCUCUCUCCAGCCCCGGAUGCUCUUCUCGUCCCCUAACUUCAUCUGUAACCGCUCUGCAAACUACAACCACAGCACUGACAGCUCACUCUCAGGGGACUGCUUCCAGUACAGUCCUGAGUUCCCCCUGCAUGUACUGAAGGAAAAGACCAUAGAGAUGCUAACAGAGGCUGUGCAGGAGGGAAACAAGCAUGUGCGGGACCCCAUCGGAGGAACCACAGAGUUCCUGUUUGUGCCUGUCAUCAAACUGGUGUACACCAUGCUCAUCAUGGGAUUGUUCCAGAACGGAGAUCUGAAGAGGAUUCUCCGUCUGAUUGAACCAAAUGUGUUUUCAGAGGAGGGGCCUGAGGAGCAGCGGCCUGUGAACAAAGAGGGUCUACUGCAGAUGAAGCUUCCAGAGUCCGUCAAACUACAGAUGUGCCACGUGCUUUGCUUCCUGUGUGACUGCCAGCUUCGCCAUCGGAUUGAGGCUGUGGUGGCAUUUUCUGAUGACUUUGUAGCGUGUCUUCAGGACAAUCAACGUUUUCGGUACAAUGAAGUUAUGCUAGCUCUCAACAUGUCCGCUGCUCUCACAGCCAAGAAGACCAAAGAGUUUCGCUCCCCUCCCCAGGAACAGAUCAACAUGCUGUUAAAUUUUAAGGAUGAGAAACAGGAGUGUCCCUGUCCUCCAGACAUCCGGGACCAACUGCUGGACUUCCAUGAUGACCUCAUGAAGCACUUCAUGGUUUGUUGUGUGUGUGGUACAGAACUGGAUGAAGAUAGAUCCAUGGACCGGGGUGCUGAUGUGACCAUUAGGGGGCGCCUCAUGUCCUUAGUUGAGAAAGUGUCUAAUCUGAAGAAGAAGAUGGCACACCUGCCUCUGGAGACUCAUGGGAGGAAACUGAGCACUCUUCAGCAGCUUAUUUCAGACACUAUGGUGCGUUGGGCUCAGGAGGCAGUCAUAGAGGACCCAGAGCUGGUGCGGGCCAUGUUUGUAUUACUCCAUCGCCAAUAUGAUGGCAUCGGAGGACUGGUCCGUGCUCUUCCUAAGACCUACACCAUAAACUCAGUGUCAAUAGAGGACACCAUAACCCUCUUGGCUGCUCUGGGUCAGAUUCGCUCGCUGUUGAGUGUGCGCAUGGGACGAGAAGAGGAGAAACUUAUGAUUCGAGGACUUGGUGACAUCAUGAACAACAAGGUGUUCUACCAGCACCCAAAUCUGAUGAGAGCGCUGGGCAUGCAUGAGACUGUUAUGGAGGUCAUGGUCAAUGUCCUGAGCGGAGGAGACUCCAAGGAAAUUACCUUCCCCAAAAUGGUGGCCAACUGUUGUCGAUUUCUCUGUUACUUCUGUCGAAUCAGCCGCCAGAACCAGAAGGCGAUGUUUGAUCACCUCAGUUACCUCCUGGAAAACAGCAGCGUGGGGCUAGCAUCACCUUCUAUGCGUGGUUCAACUCCUCUUGAUGUGGCAGCGGCCUCUGUUAUGGAUAACAAUGAGCUUGCUUUGGCCUUGAGGGAACCAGACUUGGAAAAGGUUGUGCGUUACCUGGCUGGCUGUGGCUUGCAGAGUUGUGCAAUGCUGGUGCGUAAAGGUUACCCCGACAUUGGCUGGAAUCCUGUGGAGGGAGAGCGCUACUUGGACUUCUUGCGUUUUGCUGUAUUUUGCAAUGGGGAAAGUGUUGAAGAAAACGCUAAUGUGGUGGUGAGACUGCUGAUCCGCAGACCUGAGUGUUUUGGCCCAGCUCUCCGAGGAGAAGGGGGAGAUGGUCUGUUGUCGGCUAUGGAGGAAGCCAUUAGGAUUUCUCAGGAUCCCUGCAGAGAUGGCCCCUCCCCCACAUCGGAGAGUAAUCGCAUGCUUGAUCUGAUAGAGGACGAGGAGGAUGACACUAUCCACAUGGGAAACGCCAUCAUGACCUUCUACUCAGCCUUGAUCGACUUGCUGGGCCGCUGCGCCCCUGAGAUGCAUCUGAUCCAUGCAGGCAAAGGUGAAGCAAUUCGGAUCAGAGCCAUCCUGCGCUCUCUCAUUCCCAUCGAGGACCUGGUGGGGGUCAUCAGCAUUCCCUUCUCCAUGCCCAGCCUCACCAAAGAUGGUGUAGUUUUGGAGCCUGACAUGUCGGCUGGCUUCUGUCCGGACCACAAAGCGGCCAUGGUGCUGUUCCUGGACCGAGUCUAUGGGAUUGAAGACCAGAACUUCCUCCUGCACUUACUAGAGAUUGGGUUUUUACCUGAUCUGAGAGCUGCAGCAUCUCUAGAUACUGUGGCUCUCAGUGCUACAGACAUGGCGCUGGCUCUGAACCGGUACCUCUGCACAGCCGUUUUGCCCCUGUUGACUAAAUGUGCUCCACUCUUUGCGGGCACUGAGCCAUUUGCCUCCUUGAUUGACUCCCUACUCCACACCGUGUACCGCCUGUCCAGAGGCUGCUGCCUGACUAAGGCUCAACGCGAUGCCAUCGAGGAGUGUCUGCUCUCUGUGUGCGGAAAGCUGAGGCCUUCUAUGAUGCAGCAUCUACUAAGGAGGCUAGUGUUUGAUGUCCCUCUUCUCAAUGAACACACCAAGAUGCCUUUAAAGCUACUGACCAACCACUACGAGCGCUGCUGGAAGUACUAUUGUCUAUCCGGAGGCUGGGGCAGCUUCGGGGCAGCGUCAGACGAGGAGCUGCACCUCUCAAGGAAACUUUUCUGGGGGAUCUUUGAUGCUCUGUCACGUAAGCCGUACGAGCAGGAGCUAUUUAAGCUGGCACUGCCCUGCCUCAGCGCUGUGGCAGGGGCGCUCCCUCCAGACUAUAUGGAGUCCAACUACAUGACUUUGAUGGAAAAACAGUCUUCCAUGGACUCAGAGGGGAACUUCACUCCUCAGCCUGCAGACACCACUAGUGUUACUGUGCCUGAGAAACUAGACUGUUUCAUUACACGAUAUGCAGAACACAACCACGAGAAGUGGUGCACAGAAAAGUUUUCCAUUGGCUGGUUCCAUGGAGAUCAAAUCUGUGAAAUCUCCAAAACACACCCCUUACUGAAGCCUUACAAAAGCCUCUCUGAGAAGGACAGGGAGGCGUACCGCUGGCCUGUCACUGAGUCUCUGAAGACCAUGCUCUCCUGGGGCUGGAGCAUUGAACGCAUUAAAGAGCCAGACCCAGCCAGUCUCAACAGCAAGUCCAGGAGGACCUCUCAGGUCAGCCAGGUCAGUGCAGGGGUCAGUCCAACUUUCAUCCCGAGGCCUAUUGAUAUGAGCAACGUAACACUGUCCAGAGAUAUGCAGUCCAUGGCAGAGCUGCUUGCUGAGAACUACCAUAAUAUCUGGGCCAGGAAAAAGAAACUGGAGCUGGAAGCCAAAGGAGGAGGGAACCACCCACUCUUGGUCCCAUAUGACACACUGACCGCCAAAGAAAAGGCCAAAGACAGAGAAAAGGCACAGGAUAUCCUCAAGUUCUUGCAGAUUAACGGGUACACUGUGUCUAGGGGAGUGAAGUCUCCAGAGCUGGACACUCCUGCCAUUGAGAAGCGCUUUGCCUACAGUUUCCUGCAGCAACUUAUCACAUAUGUGGACCAGGCACACCAGCACAUGAUGGAUUUUGAUGUAGGAACAAGACAAAAAGGAGAGAAGAUUCCACAUGAACAACAAAUCAAAUUCUUUGGGAAGGUAGUUCUACCUUUAUUGGAUCAGUAUUUCAAAAACCAUCGGCUCUACUUCCUGUCUACGGCCAUCCAUCCAAUCAGCAGUGGUGGACACGCCUCCAACAAGGAGAAGGAGAUGGUUACCAGCCUUUUCUGCAAACUGGGGGUUCUGGUCAGACACAGGAUAUCCUUAUUUGGGAACAAUGCAAGCUCCAUUGUGAACUGUCUGCAGAUCCUUGGUCAGAGCCUGGAUGCCAGGACAGUGAUGAAGACUGGUCUCGAGUCAGUAAAAGCGGCCCUCAGGUGCUACUUUGUGAAUGCUGCUGAGGAUCUGGAAAAGACCCAAGAAAACCUGCAGCUGGGUCAGUUCAGCCACAGCCGAGAGCAGCCCCGUGGAGUCACCCAGAUCAUCAACUACACCACUGUGGCUCUGCUGCCUGUGCUCUCCUCCCUGUAUGAGCACAUCGGGCAGAAUGCCUUUGGAGAGGAUUUGAUCUUGGAUGAUGUUCAGGUUUCCUGCUAUAGAAUUCUCAACAGUCUGUACCUGCUGGGCACCAACACAAGCAUCUACGUGGAGAGACAGCGUCCUGCUUUAGGAAAGUGUCUGGCAGCAUUCUCUGCUGCAUUCCCUGUCGCUUUCCUGGAGCCUCACCUGAACAAGUUCAACCCCUUUUCCAUCUACAAUAGCAGAGCUACUAAAGAGCGCACUGCUCUUGGCCUCCAGGGACAGGUCAGUCAAGUGUGUCCGCUCCUCCCAAACCUGGACACGUGUCUGCAGGAGAUCACUGAGCUGGCACAGUCUGGGAUGAGGUACACGCAGAUGCCCCAUGUCAUGGAGGUGGUGCUGCCUAUGCUGUGUAACUACAUGUCCCAUUGGUGGGAGCACGGCCCUGAGAACACAGCGGAGCGGGCAGAGGGCUGCUGCACAGCAGUCACCUCUGAGCACAUGAACGCUCUGCUGGGAAACAUCCUCAAGAUCAUUUACAACAACCUGGGUAUCGAUGAAGGGGCCUGGAUGAAGAGGCUGGCAGUCUUUUCUCAGCCCAUCAUCAGCAAGGCUCAACCAGAACUUCUCAAGACCCAUUUCCUGCCUUUAAUGGACAAACUCAAAAAAAAAGCAUCAGUGGUGCUUCUGGAUGAGGAGCACAGUAAGGCCGAGGGAAGAGGGGAGAUGUCUGAGACUGAGCUGCUUAUCAUGGAUCAGUUCACCAUCCUAGUGCGGGACCUGUACGCCUUCUACCCUCUACUCAUCCGAUUUGUGGACUACAACAGGGCACGGUGGUUAAAGGAGUCAAAUGGUGAUGCUGAGGAGUUGUUCCGGAUGGUGGCUGAGGUCUUUAUUUUUUGGGCCAAAUCUCACAACUUCAAGAGAGAGGAGCAAAACUUUGUGGUUCAGAAUGAAAUCAACAACAUGUCGUUCCUCAUCUCUGACACCAAGUGUAAGAUGUCCAAGGGCUUAGUGUCAGACCAGGAAAGGAAGAAGAUGAAGAGGAAGGGAGACCGCUACACCAUGCAGACCAGUUUGAUUGUGGCCACCCUGAAAAGGCUGCUUCCUGUGGGGCUCAACAUGUGUGCUCCAGGGGAACAGGAGCUGAUCGCACUGGCCAAGAACCGCUUCACCCAGAAGGACACAGAGGAUGAAGUUCGAGAGAUCAUCAGGAACAACCUCCACCUGCAGGGCAAGCUGGAGGACCCGGCAAUCCGCUGGCAGAGGGCCUUGUAUCGAGAGCUCCCCAGUCACUGUGAGGAUCUCUCAGACCCAGACAAGACUGUGGACAGGGUCCUGGACAUUGCUCACGUGCUUUUCCAUCUGGACCAGGUGGAGCAUCCUCAGCGCAGUAAGAAGGCCGUGUGGCACAAGCUGCUCUCCAAACAGAGAAAGAGGGCAGUGGUGGCAUGUUUCCGAAUGGCACCUCUCUACAACUUACCAAGGCACCGGGCAGUGAACCUGUUCCUGCAGGGCUACGAGAAGUCCUGGAUAGAAGCUGAAGAGCACUACUUUGAGGAUAAACUCAUAGAGGAUUUGGCAAAACCAGGUGAACAGGAGUCAUUAGAUGAAGAAGAAUUAGUAAAGCUCAUUGAUCCUCUGCACCAGCUCAUUCAGCUGUUCAGCAGAACGGCUCUCACUGAGAAAUGUAAACUGGAUGAGGAUCUGCUGUACAUGGCUUAUGCAGACAUUAUGGCUAAGAGUUGCCAUGAUGAAGAGGAUGAAGAUGGUGAAGAGGUGAAGACUUUUGAGGAGAAGGAAAUGGAGAAGCAGAAGCUGUUGUAUCAGCAGGCUCGACUGCACGAUCGCGGAGCAGCAGAGAUGGUUCUUCAAACUCUGAGCGCUAGCAAAGGUGAGAUGGGUCUGAUGGUGGCCUCUACUCUGAAGCUGGGCAUAGCCAUUUUGAAUGGAGGGAACUCCACAGUGCAGCAGAAAAUGCUGGAUUACCUCAAAGACAAAAAGGAUGUGGGUUUCUUCCAGAGUCUGGCCAGGCUCAUGCAGUCGUGCAGUGUUUUGGACCUAAAUGCAUUUGAGCGACAGAACAAAGCCGAAGGCCUGGGAAUGGUGACAGAGGAAGGAUCAGGAGAGAAGGUCAUGCAGGAUGAUCAGUUCACGUGUGACCUGUUCCGCUUCCUGCAGCUGCUCUGUGAAGGACACAAUUCAGAUUUCCAGAAUUACCUGCGAACACAAACAGGAAACAAUACGACUGUCAACAUCAUCAUCUCGACAGUGGACUACCUCCUGCGAGUCCAGGAGUCCAUCAGUGACUUCUACUGGUAUUAUUCAGGCAAGGAUGUCAUCGAUGAGCAGGGCCAGAGAAACUUCUCCAAAGCCAUAAAUGUUGCGAAACAAGUCUUCAACACGCUCACAGAGUAUAUCCAGGGACCAUGCACAGGGAACCAGCAAAGCUUGGCUCAUAGUCGUCUAUGGGAUGCAGUGGUGGGCUUCUUGCAUGUCUUUGCUCAUAUGCAGAUGAAGCUGUCCCAGGAUUCCAGUCAAAUUGACCUACUGAAAGAACUGAUGGAUCUUCAGAAAGACAUGGUGGUCAUGCUGCUGUCCAUGCUCGAAGGUAAUGUGGUGAAUGGAACCAUUGGUAAGCAAAUGGUGGACAUGCUGGUGGAGUCCUCCAACAAUGUGGAGAUGAUCCUCAAAUUUUUUGACAUGUUCCUCAAACUGAAAGACCUUACCUCCUCUGAUGCCUUCAAGGAGUAUGACCAGGAUGGAAAAGGUGUGAUCACGAAAAGGGACUUUCACAAGGCCAUGGAGAGCCACAAGCAUUACACUCCAUCAGAGACUGACUUUCUACUGUCCUGUGCUGAGACUGAUGAAAAUGAGUUGCUCGAUUAUGAGGAGUUUGUGCAGCGCUUCCAUGAGCCAGCAAAGGACAUAGGCUUCAAUGUAGCCGUCCUGCUAACCAACUUGUCAGAGCACAUGCCCCAUGAUUGCCGCCUGCAGACUUUCCUGGAGUUGGCAGACAGCGUGCUUCACUACUUCCAGCCAUUUCUGGGCAGGAUUGAAAUCAUGGGAAGUGCAAAACGCAUCGAGAGGGUAUACUUUGAGAUCAGCGAGUCCAGUCGCACGCAGUGGGAGAAACCACAGGUGAAAGAGUCCAAGCGACAGUUCAUCUUUGAUGUGGUGAAUGAAGGUGGAGAGAAGGAGAAGAUGGAGCUGUUUGUGAACUUCUGUGAGGACACCAUCUUUGAAAUGCAGCUGGCCGCACAGAUGUCCGAUGCAGGAGAGCGCUCCAUGGUAAAAGAAGAGAGUGAGAAGGAACGGCCUGACGAAGAUACCUCUGAUCUGGGCUUUUUCACCCUCAACACAAUCUGCAUGGCUCUGGUCACUCUUCGCUACAACCUACUUCUGCUCAUCAAGGUGCUGUCUGUGAAGAGCCUGAAGAAGCAGAUGAAGAGGGUGAAGAACAUGACCCUGAAGGAGCUGGUGGGUACACUGUUGUCCUGUUACUGUGCCAUUCUCCUGGGCCUGCUCCACGUGGCUUUCAGUGUGGCCAGAGGCUUCUGUCGGAUCUUCUACAACACAUUCAUGGGUGGAAAUCUGGUGGAGGGUGCCAAGACUAUAAAGGUAUCAGAGCUGUUGGCAAACAUGCCGGACCCCACCCAAGAUGAGGUGCGAGGGGAAGGGGAGCGGGACAGGAGGUCUGAGAGAAGCUCCGCUAAAGAGGAUCUGGCUGACCUGGUGGUGAACACUAGUGAGACCGAGCUGCUGUCGGACAUCUUCGGCCUGGACCUGAGACGUGAAGGAGGCCAGUACAAGAUCACCCCCCAUAACCCCAACGCUGGCCUGACCCAACUGCUCAACACCCCAGUGCCCCCAACCACUCCCCCAACAGAGCUCAGACAGCGCCACCCGUCCCAGAGCUCGCCUUCAGAGGGAAAGGAUCCAAGCCCUGAUCCUUCAUGUGACACAGAGAAUAAAUCUGAUAGGACUGAGCAUGUGGAAAAAGGCAAACAACAGAUUGUAAAGAAUGUGAGGGAAAAGCCCAAAGUGAGACGGCAGCGUGUCUCUAGAUCGGAUGAGGGGGACCAACAGGAGUCUGCGUUCUGGAAGAAGAUUUUGGCUUACCAGAGGAAGAUGCUGAACUACUUUGCCAGAAACUUUUACAACAUGAGGAUGCUUGCACUCCUAGUGGCCUUUGCCAUCAACUUCAUCCUCCUUUUCUACAAGGUUUCCACAGCCUCAGCCUCAGUGGUGGAGGAGAGAGUGCCCCCCGAGCAUCCUGACAGCAUGGUUCAGGCAGACUCUGUAGAGGGACAGGUCCUGGGGGAGGCUCAGGCAGAGGUGCUCGUCGACUCUGGACUGUCCCGCAAACCGGCCACUGUACGUUUUGUUCUGGAGGAGAGCAGCGGCUACAUGGAGCCCACACUGAGGAUCUUGGCCAUUCUGCACACAGUUAUCUCCUUCUUCUGUAUCAUUGGAUACUACUGUCUCAAGGUUCCCCUCGUUAUCUUUAAGAGGGAGAAGGAGGUGGCCCGGAAGCUUGAAUUUGAUGGUCUUUACAUAACAGAACAACCAUCAGAAGAUGACAUUAAGGGACAGUGGGACCGGCUGGUUAUAAAUACUCAGUCAUUCCCAAACAAUUACUGGGACAAGUUUGUAAAAAGAAAGGUGAUGGAUAAAUAUGGAGAGUUCUAUGGUCAUGACCGCAUCAGUGAGCUCUUGGGAAUGGACAAGGCAGCUUUGGACUUCAGUGACUCUCAGAAGAAGAGGAAGCCUCGCAGAGACAGCUCACUGGCUGCUGUACUCAACUCCAUUGAUGUUAAGUACCAGAUCUGGAAGCUGGGAGUUGUUUUCACUGACAAUUCCUUUCUGUACCUGGCCUGGUACAUGAGCAUGUCUAUCCUGGGACACUACAAUAACUUUUUCUUCGCGGCCCACCUGCUUGACAUCGCCAUGGGCUUCAAAACACUACGCACCAUUCUUUCCUCUGUCACUCACAAUGGGAAGCAGCUGGUGUUGACAGUAGGGCUUCUGGCGGUGGUGGUCUAUCUCUACACUGUGGUGGCGUUUAACUUCUUCAGAAAGUUUUAUAACAAGAGUGAGGAUGGGGAGCUGCCGGACAUGAAGUGUGAUGACAUGCUGACGUGCUACAUGUUCCACAUGUAUGUGGGUGUACGUGCGGGUGGAGGCAUCGGGGACCAGAUUGAGGACCCAGCUGGAGACGAAUAUGAGAUCUACCGAAUCAUCUUUGAUAUCACUUUCUUUUUCUUUGUCAUCGUCAUUCUGCUGGCUAUCAUCCAGGGUCUAAUCAUUGAUGCUUUUGGAGAACUGAGAGACCAACAGGAACAAGUGAAGGAAGACAUGGAGACCAAAUGCUUUAUCUGUGGAAUUGGAAAUGACUAUUUCGACACAGUGCCACAUGGAUUUGAAACACACACUCUUCAGGAGCACAACUUGGCCAACUACCUAUUCUUUGUGAUGUAUUUGAUCAACAAAGAUGAGACAGAGCACACUGGCCAGGAGUCCUAUGUGUGGAAGAUGUACCAGGAGCGCUGCUGGGAGUUCUUUCCCGCUGGAGACUGUUUCCGUAAACAAUAUGAGGAUCAGCUCAAUUGAUUCUUCGUUAAAACAAAAUCUGUUUCAGCUUACUCCUCCCAAUAAAGGCCCUGGUGGGGACAGCACACUGACUUGAUUGACAUGCUCAUCUGAACAGCACAGACACGGACCAGGGUUCAUAACUCACAACUGGACCAACUCACCGCUGCUCUGGGAGCUCUUCUUGAUUCUUGUGUUUAAUGCACGUUGCAUGUGAGCUCACAUGUUGAGCUCCAAUGAAGCAUUUCGCAAUAACUCAUCCAUUGCCUCAGGCCCGUCCCAGAACCAGCACGACCCCCUCCUCCAGGACAUUUCUGCUCCUGUGUCCAUGCUGAGACUGGCAGUACUCUGCUCAUGAGUAUCUGAGACAACAGGAGAGGAGCAGUCACAGCUACAACUAUCAUAAAAAUGAACUGUUUGUUCAAAAUUGUAUGUGCAUCAUAGGGUUUUAUAGUGCCUGUGCACUCAGGACCACUGAGAGGUAAUCACAGUCCCAAUUCACAACCUUUUGACUGUUGAUGAAUGGAUAAAACAUUGUCUAGUCAUUGCUUUCUGCAAUAAACUACAGUAUUAAGUUGGUAUUUUUCACAUAAAACAUUCAAAAAACUGAGUGUACUCACAUGCUCAACCCUUACUAGUGACAGAAAGCAUCUUAUUUUCACUUUCUAUCAUUUAAUUAACAAUGUGCACUUUAACUGAGGUCACUGCUAUCAAUGGACCUGACACACUGUUCUAAUAGUGAAGAUCCAUGAGCGUCUCAUGCGGAUGCAUGCAUUCUCCUGGUGCUGAGAUGUUUGGCUGAUGGCAAAGUGUGAGAAAGCAAUACCAAAGUUACCAAGUGAGACAAUUGUGCAUCAAAUUGCAUUGGUAAUGGGGGCAGUAUAGAUUCAAGGACAGGAACCAGUGCCUUAUGCCAGGGGCCCGCGGUGCAGACUCCUCUGUGGCCACUCUACACUCCCCCUUUGGCCUGGACACUUAGAUGUGCAGUGAAGUGUUUGAACCUUAUGUCUUCACACCCUCUUCACUACAGAUGUCUUCCAGUUGACGUGGGUGUGAGAACCCUACAGUAACAGCAGUGGCCUCUAGAUGGAGCAUGUCCUCAUCACAGCAGAUACGUCCAAAGUAACAGGCACCUCCAUCAGCUUACUGGGCAAUGCCAGUAUGAAUGAACUCCACUGCUUGAACACCCCCCGCCAAACAUGAACAUCAUGGAGGUUACCAGAAAUAAAAACAUUGCUCUGCAUAUUUUUCACACUUUCUGAUGGUAUUUACUGUGAAGGUGAGAGUUUUUCUGUCUGUGUCCACGCUGCAGCUGCACUGACCCUGUGUGACAGCAGCCCUCAAAUGGGGAUGAGCCCAGAGCAGUUUACAAAACCUUGGGCAUGCAUUCAGACGUAUUUUUUAAACAUUUUGAGGAAUGCUAUGUUGAAAAAAAAAUGUGUUCUUAGUAGCCUAGGAACACUUUGCAUGUUUCCUGCAGGUUUAUGAUAAUAUUCUAAAUUAGCCUUUUGUAUAUUCAGUUGGUAGAGCAUGUGGCACAUACAGAGCACAUUUACAGACUGCCCUCAGUGCUGUAGGUUCAAGUCUGGACUCCGCCUCUGCUCACCUUUAACCUUUAACCUGUUGCUUCUUUGUUGUCCUGUCCAAUCAACCCAAAUGACCAAACAAACAAAAAGUAUAUCAUGCACAGAUUCAUUGGAUAGUGACUAUAUUUAGGAUAAAAUAUUUGUAAUCUUGAACUCUCACAGGUUUGGUUGUAAGUGCAUCCUUUUUCUGUGGUUGCUCCAGCAAUGUUUCAGGAUGUAUGCAGGGAAUGGCCAUUGUAAUCUAUUCAAGCUUGCUUAUUAAAACAGAAAUUUAAAUAUGCA